AUGGCAAAAUUCAAUGAAAUAUUUUUAGCUUCGUUCAUAUUUGCAGUUGCGCUAUUAUUCAACUUAUUGUUGGCUCCAGUGGACGCCAAGUUCUCCAAGAGCAUGUACAUCACCUGGGGUCUUCAACACACAGCGAUUCAGGGCAACGGUGAAGAUCUUCAGCUUGUUCUGGAUCAAACUUCAGGAUCUGCUGCUCAAACAAAGAAAGCAUUUUUAUUUGGAAGCAUUGAAAUGCUGAUCAAGCUGAUACCUGGUAACUCCGCUGGAACAGUUACAGCCUAUUAUCUAUCCUCCACGGGAAGCCAGCAUGACGAGAUAGAUUUUGAGUUCUUAGGCAACGUUUCAGGACAACCAUACAUUGUCCACACCAACCUAUACACACAAGGAAUAGGCAACAGGGAGCAACAAUUUUACCUCUGGUUCGAUCCAACGGCUGACUUUCAUAAUUACACCAUUCAUUGGAAUCCCAAAGAAAUUGUAUGGUACGUUGAUGGGCUUCCACUUCGAGUUUUCCGAAACUACGAAAAAGAAGGCAUUGCUUAUCCAAACAAGCAAGGAAUGAAGGUCUAUACCAGUCUGUGGAAUGCAGAUGACUGGGCAACUAGAGGUGGGCUUAUUAAGACUGACUGGAGUGAUGCUCCGUUCAUUGCCAGACUUAGCCAUUUUAGGGCAAGGGCUUGCAGGUGGAAUGGACCAGUGAGCAUUAGUCAGUGUGCAGCCAAUGUCCCUGCAAACUGGUGGACGAAUCCUAUUUACAGCAGGCUGAGUUAUGGCCAGAUGGGUCAGCUGAGUUGGGUCAGAAAGAACCACAUGAUUUAUGACUACUGCACAGAUUUCAAAAGAUUUAAUGGACAAAUGGCUCCUGAGUGCUUUAAAAAUCAGUUCUAAGUACAUGUGGGAAAUUGCUCUCAAGUUUCCUUCUUCACCUGCUUUUGGG